GCAGAAUCUCGCCCUGCCCUGCUCCAACAACGAUGUCCAGUGCACUGCAAUCUGCGUGUAGCGCGGCGUGCAGCCAUGGCCGCUCAAGGGGAUAGCUCAUUGGCAUUUGUGGUUGCUUCAUGGUGGCCGGAGUGACGCGGCGGAGGAGGAAGCGUGCUGCCGCCUCUGAGAAGAAGAAGUAAAGGAUCGGCGGAACUUAAAUAUGGUGAAGGAGUGCAUGCUUUCGCAAGGCGUAUGUGGCCCUUGUCUUGGAGCUUAGCUUAGUGUGCCAUACAUUGCGGGGCGCUCGCUUGACAGAGAUGAAUGCAAUGGCCUAGGAUACGAGCUGUUCACAGGUUGCCGAUUUGCCGGCGCAUCGUCGGUCACUGAGGAUGACUUAGGCAGGCAGGGGCAAACUAGAAGCAAGAAGUUCCAAUCAUGGCAAAUAGGCGGCACCGCCUUUUUCUACGUAGCGGGAUUGGGCCAAAUCUCACGGAGGAUGUAUUGCGGGGAUUUUAUCAGCGCUUCGGUCCCGUGGUAGAUGUGUACAUCCCAAAAGACCCGGUGACGCGGCAACCAAAGGGGUUUGCGUUUGUGUCCUUCUCGGAGGAGCUCCCACUGACCAGAGCGUUACAAGAGCAGAUCCACCGCAUCGAGGGCCAGAACAUCCCGGUCGCCCGCGCCGAUGCCCGCCCCUCCGACUCCCCCGCUGACAGCCCCUCCUUCGACCGCCGCCAAUCCCUCCGAAGCAGCCUCGAGGGCCUCCCCAGCCCGGGCGCAAACCUGGCUCGCCUCAGCGCAGACCAAAUCUACAAUAUGGACCCCGCAUCGGCUUUCCGCCUCGGCCGAGCGCACGAGCUGGCCCUCCGGCGCUCGCAGGGCUUAGCGCUCGCAGCACAGGAUCCGGCUUUCCUGGGGGCCGAUUCAGGGCUGCGUCCUCCCCCCCUCCAGGAGAGUCCGUUCCGGGGCAGUCCGGAGGUGGUGGGGCGCGCGAGAAUGCUGGACGAGCGGGCACGGAUGGAUCUGCUGCGGAGCAGCUACGACGGUGCCCUGCCGCCGCACCAGGCGCUGGAGGGGUCGUUCCGCCCGAGUGCGGAUCCCGUCUUCCGGGGAAAUGACCGCCUCAGGGGUCAGGAGCUGGGCCCGAUCGGCUUCCGGAGCGCGGAAAAUGCGCUGCGGCACAGCUGGGAGGGGAGCCUGCGCAUGCCGCCGGGGGGCGGUAAUGGUGGCGCGGGCGGGGCCAAUGCAGGAGCUGGAAGUCCAAGCCCUUCCAGCUUACGGGACCGGGAGAGUGUGAAUGGGGCCAGAGAGGAGGCGAGCGCGGGGAUCCGGAGCCUGGAUUUGGGCGCCAGGCAAGGUAGCGGAAGCACUCUGGAAGCUGCGGGGUACCGCGAGGGGAGCGUCGGGUAUCGGGACGGGGGGGGCAUGUCACCGUAUAGGGAGAGUGGCAACGGGGUCGCGGGGAAUGGGCAGCAGUACUACGCAGGCAUUGAGGGAUUGGCGGGGGAGAGAAUACGAGUGGGCGCCAUCGACCGUUACGGGAACCCAGUCCUACUCGACUCUCCGGGGGUGCGCAGCAGCGGAGACCUGAGUGCAGUGUACAGCCGAGAAGUGGAGAUGCGCCAGCCUCUGGAUUCGCCUCAGGUCUCGCCGUAUGACCCUAUGGACGUAGCAACCCCCUAUGAUAGAAGCAGAGGGGCUAUCAGCCGGCUUAGCCCUGCGCUCGAGCGCCUACACACUCCCCCCCUGGAUUACCCCGCUGGCCUGAACAACCCGGCAGCAUUAGCCGCCCUUAGCCCCGCCAUUCGCGAAGGCCUCCGCUCUUCUAGAUUAGACCCCCAGCUCCUUCUAGCGGAGCAGCUGACUGACCCUGAUUGGCCUAUUCCUCGGGGCGGAAGGGGCGGAUCAGCGGAGCGGCAGUAUGCGGAGGGCUCUGGUUCCAGUGACGGGAAGGGGCACCGAAUCUUCGUUGGGGGGGUGCCAGACCAGAUUACGGAAGCGCAGAUGAAGGCUCACUUCGAAAGGUACGGUCGGGUAGAGGACGUUUACUUCCCGCUGGUGAAGGGCAGCGACCGCCGGAGGGGCUUCUGCUUCGUUAGAUUCGAGACACGAAGGGCCGCAGAGAACGCCGCUGCCCGGAGCUCCCGGACAAUAGCAGGUAUCGACAUUGGCGAGAUCAAGGUAGCGGAGCCUCGCCCCUCCCCCUCCAUCGAAAGGCCGGUCGGACACCCCUGGUUACGAUAUAGGAGAGAUCAAAGUGGCGGAGCCCCGGCCGACCAUUCCCAAGGAAAGGGACAGGGACCUGGGGCCCCCGCAUUUAGCUGGCGCCGCGUUUGCGAGUCCCUCGGAGUCGUUAGGGAGUGAGUUCGGGCCGCUGCGGGGCCGCGACAUCCGGCAACCACUGUACCGCCCUUACUAGCUAGAGCACACGGAACCGGAACGAUGAACAACAGCCACGGAAGGGGAUUCUGAAAGGGGGAGGCGAUAAGGCACGUGCGGGGAGCGGGUCAGAGGGCAAUUCGAGCGUACCGGCAGAUGCACAAGACGGAGCGGCUCCGGCAGAACCGAGGCGACUGGCAUGUGUGAAUAUUGGGACGGGCGGUCUGUACUGGUGUAGGUCGUUGCAGGUUCUGGGGAGCUGGUGUGCUAGCUCACGGUGUUCGGACACGUUGGAUCGAGGGGAUCAGGUCUAGGUGAGGGCGAAGGUGGUCCACUCGCAAGGGAGCGCAACUAUGCGGGGGCAGUUUCGGGACCUGUGGCAAUGCGGCUGGCAGGUACUCGCUGACGGUGUCAGCAUGCUGUUCCAGAUGAAUUCAACAUCUUCUCUCACCGAAGAUUGGACAGUAGCGCCUUCUGCAUAGGUGUCCCGUUGGGGUUGGAUCGUUUAAUUGAAAGGGAUGGGGCGCAACUCCUGGUUGCUCCUUCGAUCCCUCCAUUAGCGUGCCGCUUCUGUGGAAGGUCUCUAGGUGUUUAGUCAAGAGUCUUUCUUGAGAGCGCCUCGCACCUAAGUCUUUGCUUACUCUUUGCUUAUCUAAUCUUGUCAAAAGUCAAUAACGAGAACAUUGCAGCCAUUAGCCAUGCACAGACCAAAGUAAAAUGCUUGUUGUCUGAUCGUGCACGCAACUGAGUCUUCGUCGUUGAUAAAAUAGAAAAUUGAGGUUCGCUUUUGGUACCGC